AUGUCCUUCGACCUCAAGCAGUACAUCGCCAAGGCGUCCUCCACGCCCGGGCCGGACGCGCCGCAUGCCCCAGGCGGCGAGGUCAAGCCGCAGCAAUGGCACGUCUUCGAGUCGGGCGCGUGGGUCGUCGCGCCCGCGACCUCCGCCGCCCCAGCAUCCGCGCCAGACACGCUCACCCUCGUCACUUGGAACAUUGACGGCUUCGGCGGGCAUGCGAAGCCGCGCGCCGAGGCGCUCCUCGGCCGCGUCGCAACACUCAACCCCAAGCCAGACAUCAUCCUCUUCCAGGAGGUCAACGCCGCCGGCGCCGCCGCGAUCCUCGCCAGCUCGUUCGUCCAGCAGGGGUACUACUCCUCCGAGAGCCCCACCCCAGGACCCCACUGGGACUGGGAGGGCGUCCCGCAGCCCUUCGUGACCCUCACACUCGUCUCGCGCUCCCUCGCUGUGGGAGGCGUGACCCGCACGUCCCUUCCAUCGCGGUACGACCGCGACCUGCUCACCGCCGACAUCGUGCUGGGCGGCGGCACGCUGCGCGUAGUCAACGUGCACCUCGACUCGCUGGCGCACGACCCGUCCUUCCGCCCACCGCAGGUCGCGCUCGCGGCGGCAAGCAUCAAGGCCGCCGGCGCGGGCGUCAUCGCAGGGGACUGGAACCCCGUCCUCCCGCUCGACGACGCGCUGUGCGCCGAUAACGGCAUCACGGACGAGUGGGUCGCGAUCCAGGGCGAUGCGCCGGGGUUCACCUGGAACUGGGACGGCAGGAGCAAGGAGCCGUUCCCGCCCAACCGGCUCGACAAGGUCGCUACGUUUGGCGUGCGCGCGGCCGAGAUUGAGAUCCUCGAGCCGGGGACUCUGAGCGAGGGUAUCGACUGGAGCGACCACUGCGGCCUGCGCGCCGUGCUCGUCACGAGCAAGCUCAAGCACGCCCACGCCAUGUCGCCAGCCUCCUACGCCGCCCUGCCCACACAGCACAUCAAGCUGUCCAACCACCCCGCGUCAGCGGGCGGCGUGACCCCGGUCCAGGUCAUCACGCUGUACCGCCCCGACGCGAACAACGCCUUCACGGCCAUCAUGAUGCAGGAGCUCGUGGACGCCAUCGACGCGUACGAGGCCGACGACAGGGUCAAGGUGAUCGUGGUCACGGGGCACGGCAAGAUGUUCUGCGCUGGCGCGGACCUGAGCGGGAACCGCGCGUUCCAGAAGACGGACAACGAUACCAACGGGCACCGUGAUGGCGGCGGCCGCGUCUCGAUGGCCAUCCACCGGUGCACCAAGCCCACGAUCGCGGCGAUCCAAGGCGCCGCCGUCGGCGUCGGCAUCACCAUGACUUUGCCCAUGACGAUCCGCAUCGCCGCCGCGCCCGCCAAGAUCGGGUUCGUGUUCGCGCGUCGCGGGCUCGCAAUGGAGGCGGCGAGCAGCUACUUCCUCCCCCGGCUGGUGGGCUACAGCCGGGCGCUGCACGUCGUGACCACCGGCUCGGUGUACCCCGCCAACCACCGCUUGCUCGACGGCCUCUUCUCCGAGGUGCUCGACAAGCCGGGCGACGUGCUGCCCCGCGCGCUCGAGCUGGCCGACGACAUCGCGGCCAACUGCUCCGGCAUCUCGAUCGCGCUUAACAAGGCGCUCAUGUACCGCUCCAUGCCUAGCGCCGAGGAGCAGCACCUGCUUGAUUCCCGCGUCCUCUACGGACUGUACGGCACCAAGGACCUCACGGAGGGCGUGGCCGCGUUCAUGGAGAAGCGCAACGUCAAGUUUACCGGCACGAUCAAGGACGCGCCGCAGACGUACCCCUGGUGGUUUGCCGCCGACACGCGCGUGCCGGAGGGCACGGACAAGGCCAAGUUGUAAGAGGGUUCAGGUAGUCAGAAGGCAUGCAGUGAUCGUUGG